GCGCCCUCCAGCAUGCCCGGCGUGGCCCGCCUGCCGCUGCCGCUCCUGCUCUGGCUGCUGCUGCUGCCGCGCCCGGGCCGGCCGCUGGACUUGGCCGACUACACCUAUGACCUGGGGGAGGAGGACGACUCGGAGCCCGUCGGCUACAAAGACCCCUGCAAGGCGGCUGCCUUCCUUGGGGACAUCGCCCUGGAUGAGGAGGACCUGAGGGCCUUCCAGGCGCAGCAGGCUGCAGAUCUCAGGCAGCGGGCAACGCACAGGUCUUCCAUCAAAACUGCAGGAAAUUCUUCUACCUUCGACUGCCAGAGCUCCAGUGGGCAGCUGCAGAGGAGAAGCCGUGGGAGAUGGAGAGGCAGGUCCCGGAGCCGGCGGGCAGCAACAUCCAGACCAGAGCGUGUGUGGCCCGAUGGGGUCAUCCCCUUUGUCAUUGGGGGAAACUUCACUGGCAGCCAGAGGGCAGUCUUCCGGCAAGCCAUGAGGCACUGGGAGAAGCAUACCUGUGUCACCUUCCUGGAGCGCACUGACGAGGACAGCUAUAUUGUAUUCACCUAUAGACCCUGCGGGUGCUGCUCCUACGUGGGUCGCCGCGGCGGGGGCCCACAGGCCAUCUCAAUCGGCAAGAACUGUGACAAGUUCGGCAUCGUUGUCCACGAACUGGGCCAUGUCAUCGGCUUCUGGCACGAGCACACGCGGCCAGACCGGGACCGCCACGUCUCCAUCGUUCGCGAAAACAUCCAGCCAGGGCAGGAGUAUAACUUCUUGAAGAUGGAGCUCCAGGAGGUGGAGUCCCUGGGGGAGACCUAUGAUUUUGACAGUAUCAUGCACUAUGCCCGGAACACGUUCUCCAGGGGCAUCUUCCUGGACACCAUUGUUCCCAAGUACGAGGUCAAUGGGGUGAAACCUCCCAUCGGUCAAAGGACCCGGCUCAGCAAGGGGGACAUCGCCCAGGCCCGCAAGCUCUACAAGUGCCCAGCCUGCGGAGAGACCCUACAAGACAGCACAGGCAACUUCUCCUCCCCUGAGUACCCCAAUGGCUACUCCGCCCACAUGCACUGCGUAUGGCGCAUCUCAGUCACACCUGGGGAGAAGCUCUCAAGACCAUUCGGAAUCCGAGUCCACCAUUCAGCACGUGACCGCCUCUUUUACUAUGUCCUGAGCUCUUGAUAAGCAUAUCUUCUGGGUCUUUGGAACCUGGUCUUUGACAGAAACAUUGAACGUGACAUGAAUCAAAGCAGAUCCAAGAUCCCUUUCUGAGCUGACAUGGUUCAUCUGCAGACUUUGGACAGAAUUAUUCCACUGGCUGAGACACCACUUAAUGUCACUACCACGACCUUGUUGACUGGGAAGUGAGCUUCUCAGACCAUGCCUUUGUCAUCUUGAUAAACGCUGAAUAUGUAGACGGACUGCCUUACCAAAUCAAAUCUACUGUUCCACCAGUUGGGAAAGCGCCUUUUAAAAAGGAAAUGACAUUUGUCUGAUACGCUUUGUUUCAAGUGAACCUGAACUGGUUCCUCGUAAUCAAGUGUCUCCUUUCUAAAUGGCGGCAGACUGUUUAAUUGGGCAUUGACGUUCAACUCAGUGGUUUGCGAUUCCCAGAAUUCACUCCAAACCCUCCUUCCAACACACACAUGCAUGCGCGCACACACACCCCUUUUGAAAAUUGGCAAAGCUUUUGUUCUGAGUUCUCAAGAUUACAGACACUGAUCACAUCUGUAAGUUAUUUGAGUGUCCUCUGAUGUCAUUUUGGAGCCUAGAGGCAAAAGCCAGUUUAAAGAGGUGCUCACUGACUCUCCUCCAAUGUGAUUCGGUUUCCAUUUCCUUUCCAAACUGUGCUUAUUUUAUUUUUUGCAAUUUCAAGAGCAUUCUUAUUUGUGCUAGACUUCUAUUGAGGGUUGAGUAAUUCCAUCACCUCUCGCAGUUAACAUUCUGUCAUCUUCCCUCAAAAGUGAACCCAUCCCCUCUUUGUUCUUUUUUUUUUUUUUAAUUCUGAAUUGAACUUAACAAUUGCUGUCCUUUUGCUGCCUUGUUCUGACCAUGCCCUGGCUUCCUUUAUCCUUCUGCCAAAGGUCUCUGCUGCUGCAGCCUUUGGAGAUCUCACAGCUGAUAACAAUAAAAACGACUAACGAUUAUUGAGCGCA